AUGUCUAAUAAUGUUUGUUAUAAAUUAAUAUAUUUUGACAAAUUUGGUAGAGAUGUUAGAGUUCUUUCUCAUGAAUGGGAUAUUAUAAAAGAUUCAAUGCCAUUUCAACAAUUACCUGUACUUGAAUUUGAUGGAAAAAUUCUUUUUCAAUCAGCAGCAAUUGAAAAGUAUCUAGCCAAACAAUUUGGAUAUAUGGGAGAAAAUGAUUUUGAAGAUGCUCAAAUAGAUCAAAUAUUACUUAGUAUUAAUGAUGUUAUGUUGAAUUUUAAUAUUUUAGUAGAGGCAAAAAAUUCUACACAAAAAGUUUGGAUGACUAAAGAAUUAAUAAAAAAUUCGAUAACACCUGCUUUAAAAUGUUUUGAAAAAUUAUUAAGUGAAAAUAACUCAUUACACUUUGUUGGAAAUAAAAUUACCCUUGCUGAUUUAGCAAUGUUUCAUUUUUUAUGGUUUUGUAAAAAUAGAAUUUCUCCCUCAAUACUUAAUGAUUUUAUUACCAUAGAACAAUUUUAUAACAUGAUGAUACAGGAUGAAAAAUUAAUGAAUUAUAUAAAUACAAGAAGAAAUCAUCCUUUUUGA